AUGACGGAGCUAUCGAUAAAAGAACUAAAGGCGCUUCUGGAUGAGAAUGAUCUGGACCUGAGCAUGCGUCAGCUUACAGUUAUCCCUGCAAAAGCUCUGAGUAAAAUACCGCGUGCGACACAUCUCGAUUUUUCGAACAAUUUGAUAUCGAUAAUUCCAACCGAGCUAUGCUAUCUCACGCACCUCACGAAGUUAGACCUCAGCAAUAAUCGCAUCAGCUGUUUACCGGAUGAAUUUGGCAAACUGGUUAACUUGGCGCAUCUUGAUCUUUACAGAAACGAAAUUGAGGAGCUUCCGCUAUCUUUUGGUGAGCUUUCUUCACUGAGAUGGCUUGAUCUGAAGAAUAAUCCUCUGGAAACGGAGUUAGCAAAAGCGGCCGGCGAUUGUUCCGAUGAGAAGGGUUGCAAGCAGGCGGCCAUCAAUGUUGUGAGACUUAUGCGUGCUCGUACCGCUCAACAUCAACGUCUCAGCGAAAAGCAGAAGGCCGACACAAUGCGUAUGUAUAUUUUUCAGAUUUCUUUAACCUCCUCUAUAAAAUGCUUUGAAGAAAACGAAGCAAUCGGCCAAGGAUUGGUGGCGCAGAAGGAGAAGCCAAAGAAAAAGAAGCAUAAAUUACGAGAUUCUGUUUCAGAACAGCAAGAACCAGCAUUGCUGCAAGUUGAACAGAACGGGCCCGAAAUGCUUCCUGCGAUGAAGCAUGACGAUUAUAAAGCAAGAACGGAUAAUGGAGCAGCCACCAGGAAACGCGGUUCUAGUUGCGGUUUGUUUUUACUUCAUAUUAAAUCUUCAUAUGUCCUUCGUCGUUGCUCAGUGCAUUUAUGCAAAUGUAAAAAAGCACGUUGA